GUAAGAAAAACUGUAACUAUUCAUUUUGCAGAAGGUGCUAUUUUAAUCACGAAUGAUAAAGAUGUAUUUCUACAAGGAUCAAUUAUUUUACCAGAAGAAUUUAUUAAAGGUUCAGUUGGAGCUGGAGAUGCUUUUGUUUCUGGAAUGAUCUAUGGAAUUCAUCAACAAUGGCCAUUAGAUAAAACAUUACAUUUAGCUGUUUGUAUUGCUGCAAUGUCAUUAUCACAUGAAUCAUCAACUGAUGGAAUGAAAGAUAUUGAACAAUGUUUAAAUUUACAAAAAUAUGGUUUUAGACAGUUAAAAAUCUAA